AUGGCUCCGCGCCCCGCGCUGGCGACGGCUGGUUUCCUGGCCUUGCUCCUCAUCCUCCUCGCUGCGUGCCGCCUGGAUGCCGUGCAGCAUCCCCCAAAGAUUCAAGUGUACUCACGACACCCAGCAGAGAAUGGAAAGCCAAAUUUCCUGAACUGCUACGUGUCAGGGUUCCAUCCACCAGAGAUUGAAAUUGAUUUGUUGAAGAACGGAAAGGAGAUGAAAGCAGAACAGACAGACCUGUCUUUCAGCAAGGACUGGACCUUCUAUCUUCUGGUCCACACUGAAUUCACUCCCAAUGAGCAGGAUGAGUUUAGCUGCCGUGUAAAGCAUGUUACUCUCAGUGAGCCCCAGAUCGUUAAGUGGGACCGAGACAACUGA